UCCUCUGAAUCUGUCACUCGGUAGGCGAGGCUUCUUCAAGACACAUCAAAAUGUUGAUUGGAGUCAGACUUCAAAUCCCACCAGCUUUCCUUUUGGUGCUAAGCGAUGACUAGAACCCUAAAUGCAUUUUCCGUUCACGUAAGGUGUUUUAAGAUGUUGUAUUAGUAUUUUUAUCACACAUUUACCGGCACAGUACAAUUUGGGAGUAAGUCAUAUCAUGUUUUAUCGGUUAUUAAUGACGUUGGCCUUUUUUGCUCUCCGAACUUCAGCCCAUAUGCCACACAAUGACUCAGGGCUCAACCUGAGGACAUUUUCAGGCUUUUUCCUGUCGGUAACUGAUGAGCCCAUUGACUACAUAGGGCUGGAUGUACAGGAGGGCAGUGGCUCCGGGAUGAACCAUGAACCCGUGAAGAAUCAGGAGCACGGCCAUCAUGGCCCUCACCGCUUCACCAAGAUCGUCAUCUCUGAUGAAGCCCGCAGCUUCCUUCAAGGUCGCCUAGCCACGGUCUUUGUCCCCACUGUCUACACCCUGGUCUUCAUCAUCAGUGUGCCCCUGAACCUGGUUGCCGUGGUGAUGUUUGUGCGUCGCAUUCGUCCGAAGAAGCCGGCAGUGAUCUACAUGCUGAACCUAGCCAGUGCCGACCUACUCUUCGCCCUGCUGCUCCCCUUCCGGAUCUCCUAUCACUUCCAUGGUAACGACUGGAUCUACAGCGCCUUCAUGUGUCGCCUGGUGACGGCGGCCUUCUACUGCAACAUGUACGGCUCCGUCCUGCUUAUGAUGUGCAUCAGCAUCGACCGCUUCCUGGCUGUGGUCUACCCCAUGGACUCCCUGACCUGGCGUAGUCCUCAUACCGCCGCUGUGGUCUGUGGGGCCAUGUGGCUUUUGGCUAUGGGAGGAGUUACCCCCCUCCUGCUGUCCAGACAGACCAUCCAUCUGCCGGACGUGGGGAUCACAACCUGCCAUGACGUGCAGGACAUAGAAAAGCUGCGUUCCUACUACCUCUACUUCUUCCCCAUCUACUCCUCCAUAUUCUUCUUCAUCCCCCUCGUGUUCACAGCCGUGUGCUAUGUCCGCAUCGUGCAGGCCCUAGCCAUGGCCAGCAUAGAGAACCGCUCUCGCAAGAAACGAGCGCUGGUGAUGGCCGUGACCGUGCUGGUGGUGUUUGUGGCCUGCUUCACCCCCACCAAUGUCAUCCUCCUGGUGCACUACCUCAAGCUGGCCCAUGGACGCAGCGACAGCUCCUACCAGGCCUACCUGCUCUCCAUGUGUGUGGGCAGCCUCAGCUGCUGCCUGGACCCCCUUAUCUACUACUUCGGUUCGUCCCAAUGCCAGAGACAGGUGGCUGCCCUACUGGGCUGCAGACAGGCUGGGCCCGGGAUAGACCUCAGCUCUCAGCCAUCCAGUACCAGGACGAGCAGGCUGGAGAGCAUUCAAAGUACUGUUGGCAGUCAUUACAAGAAGCUCAUGGCCUGAUGCUUUGGGGCUGAGAAUUUGAACUCCAGGACCUCAUCUCAACAGUUAUGAGUGGCUUCCUAUCCUCAUACACUCCCUUCAUCAGCAGUGAACUGAAAAUAUUCUAGAGUAUAGAUGAAGACAACCUAUGGAUGCUUGUUUGCUUUCACCCUUUCUAGUACUUUCAUAACAUUCAGGUGAAAGUAAGGAGGCAAAGAGAGGAUUCUGAAUAAUCUGGCUUGUAAUCUGAAUUUGGAUACAGCAGUGUUCACUCAAUUAAGACUAUAAACUGUCUAUGCAGGUUUGUGCUGUGGGAAGAGUAAAGCCUAUAUGUAUCAUCAAGGAAGUGAACAAGUUAAUAAAAGUAAUAGAAGAUCAGAUGUAAUUUUACAGUUUUAGUUAAAGUGAUAGUUUGUCAGAAGUGUAUGGAAUUCCCUUUGGGUUGUGUCCGAAGGCCCAUGGAGUCAUGAGCAAAGUCAUUUUUUACUUCUGCCCCUCCCCAGCGUCCAACACAUUCUAGACAAACUUUAGUGGCAGUAAAAACAUAUAGUGCAAUAAAAAGAAUUGACAAAUUACCAACAUUUGUUCAAAAUGUUUUCAAAGACGUUUACGCUAAUAAUGAAGCUUUUCCUAUAGCAGUCACACAGAAUCAAUCCAUGAUUUUUGACAAGGCUAGUCAAGCUACAUUUGGGCUUUGGAAUGAGUGAACACUGGCUUAUUGUGUAUUACGACAGCAUAGGGCUUCAGCCCAACAAGUUAAGGAGAAUUUCAAUAAAAUAAGAUUUUUCUUUACAAGAUAUCCCUUUGUUCACCUUAACAGCUACACAGUACACACAUCAAUGCAAGAGAGAGAUUAACUGUAUACUGUAGUUACAGUCUCCUACAGUAGAACUGGAGUCCUGAGAGCCUGGAGACUCAAAAAGACAUACUGAGGCUGGCUCCCUCUGCGUUGUAUAGGGCUGAGACAAGUCUCUUAUUUGGUGAGGAGUUGUAGCAUAUGCUAUGAACGAAAGAUAUAGGCCUAAAUUCAAUCAGGAAUCACGUUUUUAAACCCUAUGUUUAAAAUGUUAAUAACUCUGCCAUUGCUGAAGUCAUGCCACCCUCUAUUCUUGUUUUCUAAAGUAGGUUAUUAACACAUUUAUGCUUUUUUAUUUUUCACAAUCAUAAUUUGUGUUAUAGCCAGUUUUAAGGGGACAUUCUUUUGCUGGAUGUCACUAAGUUACUUUUUCAAGUCAUUCUAACGUCACAUGCAGGUAUCCAAAAGACCAGACACAAGAGUUUUCAAAAACACUUGCAAUUGGCGUAUUUUUCACGAUUCCCAAAAUUUGCUCUAUUUUCAAAUGUAACUUUUGCAUGGUUACUGUAAUUAACACAUUUUACUUUCUAAUAACAGUAUACAAAAUAAAAUCAUACAACAUUCUUGACAUUAACCCAAAUAUUUAGCUAGUCCUUGUUUGUGCGGAUUAUAUUUUUAGAUGUCAUAUUGAUCCAUUGUUGAAUAAACAGAAUUUAUGAACAUGCUCUUUUUAUUUAGAUUUGAUUACAUCAAAUGAAAGAAAAUGCACAAUGAGUUUAAAUGUUUUAUUUGAAUGUCUGUCUGAACUGUCAUUUUGUUAUAUUACUUCCUGUUAGGUAGAAAUAAAGGUUGAAAUAAAGUUUACGGCA